GCGCCUUCAUACGCGCGGGAAAACAAACGGACGCUCCUCAGACUAAAGCAGGACUUAAAAACGACGGAAUUUUGCUCAAAAUCAGCGAGCUGACAAACACAGACGCGAAGAUGUUUGCUUGGGCUGUUAUCGUCAUCUUUAUUGCACACUUUAAUAUGGUAUCCUCCAGCUGCCCGGCGGUGUGCUCCUGUGCUCCGGAUGCCCCCCAGUGUCCUCCAGGAGUGGGUCUGCAGCGGGACGCCUGCGGCUGUUGUCUGGUGUGUGCCAGACAGCUGAACGAGGACUGCAGCCGCUCAGAGCCCUGCGACCACAGCAAGGGCCUGGAGUGCAACUAUGGGGCCAGCCACGGGGCCACCAGGGGCAUCUGCAGAGCUAAAUCAGAGGGCCGGCCGUGCGAGUACAGCAGCCGGAUCUACCAGAACGGGGAGAGUUUCCAGCCCAACUGUAAGCACCAGUGCACCUGUAUGGACGGGGCGGUGGGCUGUGUGCCGCUGUGCCCGCAGGAGCUCUCGCUGCCCGCGCUGGGCUGUGCCAACCCUAGGCUGGUCAAAGUGCCCGGCCGCUGCUGCGAGGAGUGGGUCUGCGAUGAUGAGCAGCAGGGCGGGAAACUCAUCGAAUCGGCCAAUAAGAUGCCUGGAAAUAAAGAAGUGGGCGGAGACUCGGAGAAAGAACUGACCAAUAAAAACGAGCUGAUCUCUGUCAUCAUGAACACCAAACUCAAAUCGUUACCUGCUUUCCGAUCGCAUCAGAUGGAGAAGUGCAUCGUGCAGACCACCGGCUGGUCCCAGUGCUCCAGGAGCUGUGGUACAGGAAUCUCCACCCGAAUCACCAAUAAUAACGCUGAAUGCAAACUGAUGAAGGAGAGCCGCAUCUGUGAGGUCCGGCCCUGCAGCCAGUCUCCACACACCAGCCUGAAGAAAGGAAAGAAAUGCAACCGCACCAAGAAGUCUGUGACGCCGGUGAAGUUCUCUUACGCCGGCUGCUCCAGCUUGAAGAAGUACCGUCCUCGGUUCUGCGGCUCCUGCGUGGACGGACGCUGCUGCAGCCCCCAGAACACCAGGACCAUCCGGGUCAAGUUCCGCUGCCAGGACGGAGAGACCUUCAACAAGAACGUGAUGAUGAUCGAGUCCUGCAAGUGCACGAAGCACUGCCCGCACGCCAGCGAGGCCGGAUUCCCCUUCUACAGACUCUACAACGACAUCCACAAGUUCACAGACUGAGGAAACACUGACAGAAACACUGCUCUGACAGUCUCUCACAUCCAGAACUUCCGUCAUCAAGAAGCAUUUCAUAGAUGAGGAUGAACUAUUGUGCAGUUUUCAGAAAUAAUGAGUCGAAAUAAGCUGAAAACAAGCUAAAUAAUCACACCACACACGAUUGUUUAGCUUGUUUAAAUGAAAACUUCACUCAGUAUCUGAAAACAACACGAUACUUUGCACUUCUUGAUCUUCUUAAUUUUCAGAUGUUUGGAGACUAAGGCCGUGUCCACAUGUACAUGGGUAUUGUUCUAUAUUUUAAACAAUUGCAUGUGUGUUAAGGCCAUGCUGAACCUACAGGGGGCGACUUUACACCAAAUGCGCAUCAGUCAUCUGAACAUGUCACUUUCAGUUGUGUGUUCGUGUUGAUGAACUGAGGAACCGUGUAGAAGAGUACAGUUUUGAAGAUACCCGUGUUCGUGUGGACGAUGCCUCCGUAAGACGAGCUUCUUUCAUGCACCGACCAAUAGGCAACCGGGGGUUCCGUCCGCCGGCCAAUCAACUACCAUCUCCUGUUGUAACUAGAUUCCCACGGAAUUACAGACUUACGAUACGGGGACUUUUAUCGUGCACUGUUUGCUGAGGUCAGCGUUUCCAGAAAAAACAAACGAACAAUGUCUCGCUUCACAAUGGAGCGCAAUGUGUUAAUGGCUUCGUUACGGAGCAACCUGUAAAGAUGCGCUUGUUAAUAUUUCAGUUCCUGAUGUAUAUCUCGAUGACCCAACUGUAGAUUUGUGUAUAUGUGUGUGUGUGUGUGUGUGUGUUCCAGUUUGCACAUGCAAAACCUACAAGACUCAAACCUGACUCAAAGGUUGAGCCUGUCCAGUGAUAACACACUCCCUCCUAAUGCGGGUGAACGCAUCCUCAUUAGCUGCGUCCCAAAUCGCAUGCGUACGCACUGAUCUGCGGCAUUUAUGAGUAUGAAUAGUGCAUUUUAAUACUUGAAUGAUGCACUUAUUCAACUGUUAAACACAAGUACUACAUGACUGCGUGUAUGAGAAGCGUGAAAAGCAGCAUGUAAAUGUAAUUAAUCAUUAAUUAUAAGUGCCGGCUGUGUAAUUUGUGACGCAGCUAAUGUUUGGCAGCUAGAGGAAACCAACAUCAGAUUAACAGCGGACUCUCACACCGGUUGAGUGAAUGUUUUAUAAUUGUUAUUAAUAUUAUUUAUCGCAAAUGUAGCUCUUCUAUUUGAACAUUGUCAUACUGGAAUAAAGUGUACAGGAAGAAUUAUCUAUGAUCUAAUUUUAUAUGUUAUGAGUAAAUAAAAGGUUUAUUUAUGAAGCGAA